GCCUUCUCUGAAGUAGGAUUGGUGCCCAUCCCACUUUCGCAUGCGCGUGUGUUGUUUACAAGAAUGGCACGUUUCUCUCGUACAAACGCACAUUAAAUACAUUUACUUGCAAAAGUGUUCCAUCAUGGAGGAUUCAGUCGAGGUCAUUCUUCAGGAUAAACGUUGCAAGUUCUCACAUCACACUAAGCCAGGUGUCACAGCAGCCUCAGGAGCUUUGCUUGUGGGAUGUUAUGGGCUCUGGACAUUAUUUGCACUUCCUGGCUUUUGGAAAGUUCCCAGAUGUCUCAAGGUGCCUUAUUUGCCCUCCUGUAGAACACAGAUCCAGAAUGUAAUGAAACUCCUGCAAGGGAGAGCAGGUUGUCUGGCAGAUCUGGGUUCUGGUGAUGGGCGUCUGGUAUUUGCUGCCACUGUAGAGGGUUUCCAGUGCACUGGCUUUGAAAUCAAUUCCAUCCUAACUGGAUAUGCCCGAAUCAAAGCAUGUUGGAAAGGAAUACCUCCCAGCACAGCAAGCUUUGUAAACCAGGACUUUUGGAAGACCGAUUUGUCCAAAUAUAACAAUGUGACUGUUUUCUUGGCACCCGGAGUAAUGGAGGUGUUGGGCAAAAAACUGGAGAGGGAGUUACCUGAUGAGGCUUGUGUGAUUGCCUGUCGCUUUCCAUUUCCUGACUGGACUCAUACAGUCACUGAGGGCGAGGGACUGGACCAGAUCUGGGCAUAUGACAUGAGCACUGUACGGAAGCUUUCAACACAAGCUAUCAGUAGAUGAAGUGUAAACCAACUUACAUGGUGCAAAAAAGCUUUUAUGAGACUCCCACGACAUGCACUAACAUUGACUGCAUUUACAUGCUCAAGAAUAUUCUGAAAUAAAUCAGAAUUUGGUCAUAUUGCAAUUAUGUACACAUCUUGUAAACAUGAUAAAACUUUUGCCAUAACCA